AUGGAUGAGGAAAACAUGACGAAAAGCGAGGAGCAGCAGCCUCUGAGUUUGCAAAAAGCCUUACAGCAGUGCGAGUUGGUCCAAAACAUGAUAGACCUGAGCAUCUCCAACCUGGAAGGGCUUAGGACCAAAUGUGCUACUUCCAACGACCUCACACAAAAAGAAAUCCGGACCCUGGAGAGCAAGCUGGUGAAGUACUUCAGCCGGCAGCUGUCCUGCAAAAAGAAGGUAGCCCUGCAGGAACGCAAUGCCGAGCUGGACGGCUUCCCCCAGCUCCGGCACUGGUUCCGGAUCGUCGACGUGCGGAAGGAAGUCCUGGAGGAGAUCACCCCGGGCCAGCUGAGUCUGGAGGACCUCUUGGAGAUGACGGACGAGCAGGUGUGUGAGACCGUGGAGAAAUACGGGGCCAACCGGGAGGAGUGUGCCCGCCUCAAUGCCUCCCUCUCCUGCCUCCGGAACGUCCACAUGUCAGGAGGCAACCUUUCCAAACAAGACUGGACCAUCCAGUGGCCCACCACGGAGACGGGGAAGGAGAACAACCCCGUGUGCCCCCCGGAGCCGACCCCGUGGAUCCGCACCCACCUCUCCCAGAGCCCCAGGGUCCCGUCCAAGUGCGUCCAGCACUACUGUCACGCCAGCCCCAGCCCGGGGGCCCCCGUGUACACCCACGUGGACAGGCUCACGGUGGACGCCUACCCGGGCCUGUGCCCGCCGCUGCCACUGGAGUCGGGCCACCGGUCCCUGCCUCCGUCGCCCCGGCAGCGGCACACGGUCCGCACCCCGCCGCGCACCCCCAACAUCGUCACCACCGUGACCCCGCCCGGCACGCCACCCGUGAGGAGGAAGAACAAGCUGAAGCCCCCGGGGACCCCGCCGCCCUCCUCCCGGAAGCUGAUCCACCUGAUACCGGGUUUCACGGCCCUGCAUCGGAGCAAGUCCCACGAGUUCCAGCUGGGUCACCGCGUAGACGAGGCCCACACGCCCAAAGCCAAGAAGAAAAGCAAGCCGUUGAACCUCAAGAUCCACAGCAGCGUGGGCAGCUGUGAGAAUAUCCCCUCCCAGCAGCGCUCCCCGCUGCUGUCCGAGCGCUCCCUCCGCUCCUUCUUCGUGGGACACGCGCCCUUCCUGCCCUCCACCCCUCCCGUCCACUCCGAGGCCAACUUCUCCUCAAACACCCUGUCAGUGCCACGCUGGUCCCCACAGAUCCCUCGCAGAGACCUCGGCAACUCCAUCAAGCACAGGUUUUCCACGAAGUACUGGAUGUCUCAGACAUGCACAGUCUGUGGGAAGGGGAUGCUUUUUGGCCUCAAGUGUAAAAACUGCAAGUUAAAGUGCCACAACAAAUGCACCAAAGAAGCCCCACCCUGUCAUCUCCUGAUCAUCCACCGAGGGGAUCCAGCAAGGUUAGUCCGGACAGAGUCCGUUCCGUGUGACAUCAACAACCCUCUACGAAAGCCACCCCGGUAUUCGGACCUGCACAUCAGCCAGACGCUCCCUAAAACCAACAAAAUCAACAAGGACCACAUCCCUGUUCCUUACCAGCCAGACUCUAGCAGCAAUCCCUCGUCCACAACGUCCUCCACGCCCUCCUCGCCAGCACCCCCGCUCCCUCCCAGUGCCACGCCGCCUUCUCCCCUACACCCUUCUCCGCAGUGCACAAGGCAGCAGAAGAACCUCAACCUGCCAGCGUCCCACUACUACAAAUACAGGCAGCAGUUCAUUUUCCCAGAUGUGGUGCCGGUGCCAGAGACGCCGACCCGGGCGCCCCAGGUCAUCCUGCAUCCAGUGACCUCGAAUCCAAUCUUGGAAGGAAAUCCAUUACUUCAAAUUGAAGUGGAGCCAACCUCAGAGAACGAGGAGGGUCACGAUGAGGCCGAGGAGUCGGAGGAUGACUUUGAGGAGAUGAACCUGUCCCUCCUCUCGGCCCGGAGCUUCCCGCGCAAGGCUAGCCAGACCAGCAUCUUCCUUCAGGAGUGGGACAUCCCCUUUGAGCAGCUGGAGAUCGGCGAGCUCAUCGGAAAGGGCCGCUUCGGGCAGGUGUACCACGGCCGCUGGCACGGGGAGGUGGCCAUCCGGCUGAUCGACAUUGAGAGGGAUAACGAGGAGCAGCUCAAGGCCUUCAAGCGGGAGGUGAUGGCCUACAGGCAGACGCGGCACGAGAACGUGGUGCUCUUCAUGGGCGCCUGCAUGAGCCCGCCCCACCUGGCCAUCAUCACCAGCCUCUGUAAGGGCCGGACACUCUACUCUGUGGUGAGGGAUGCCAAGAUCGUCUUGGAUGUCAACAAAACGAGGCAGAUUGCCCAAGAAAUUGUGAAGGGCAUGGGCUACCUCCACGCCAAGGGAAUCCUGCACAAGGACCUCAAGUCCAAGAACGUCUUCUACGACAACGGCAAAGUGGUGAUCACAGACUUUGGGCUCUUCAGCAUUUCCGGGGUGCUGCAGGCUGGCAGGCGUGAUGACAAGCUGCGUAUCCAGAGCGGCUGGCUGUGCCACUUGGCCCCGGAGAUCAUCCGCCAGCUGUCUCCCGACACAGAGGAAGACAAGCUCCCCUUCUCCAAACACUCGGACGUCUUUGCGCUCGGGACAAUCUGGUAUGAACUCCAUGCCAGAGAGUGGCCUUUCAAGACCCAACCAGCAGAGGCAAUAAUCUGGCAAAUGGGCACAGGCAUGAAACCCAACCUCAGCCAGAUCGGCAUGGGAAAAGAAAUCUCGGACAUUCUUCUCUUCUGCUGGGCCUUUGAACAAGAGGAGAGACCUACCUUUACCAAGCUCAUGGACAUGCUGGAGAAACUGCCAAAGCGAAACCGCCGCCUGUCUCACCCUGGACAUUUCUGGAAGUCUGCAGAGUAA